AUGGUGAUGAAUUCCCGCGAGAUUCCGACGAAGAUGGCCAACCUGGAGCGCGUGGUGAACCGGGCCAUGCUAGUUGUACUCGGUGCGCAGGCAGUGCUUUCCAGCCUCAGCUCAGUGCUAUAUGUCUCCAAUGAGUGGCGCUUUCGCAGCUCCUGGUAUCUCUACCCUGGGGGAAGUUACAUCCAUGAAGGCGUGGCAGCGAGGCUCGUGGCGAACUGGUUCAAGUUCUUCAUCUUGUACUCAAAUCUGAUGCCCAUCUCUCUGUACGCAACCAUGGAGAUCUGCAACUAUUUCCAAGCAUACUUUGUGAAGAACGACCUGCAGAUGUACGACGAAGAGCAGGCCUUCGGCGAAAUCACCGAAGAGCCGGGCUUCUCCGACGUGGAGGGCGUUCGUAGGUGGCGGGAGCUGGGAAACCAAAAUCGGGCUCUUGUCGACGCCUUCCUCGAAAUCCUGGCGGUUGCGCACACAGUCAUGGUCACAACUGACAAGAAGGGCUGUCAGUGCUUCGAGGCAGAGAGCCCGGACGAAGGUGCUUUGGUGGACGGUGCUCAGCAGAUGGGGUGGCAAUAUUGCAGCAGGACUGCGGAUUCCCUCACCGUGGAGGUAAAUGGGCAGCAGCAGACGUACCAGAUCUUGGCC